AUGCCUGAACCAGAGACGCAGGAAGGCCAUGCCGUGUUCACAUACGAUCCACAUCCUGACGUAGGGGAGCAACGUGAGCUUCGUCGCGAGUACCGUGCGUUGCUCGCUACGGCGCAGAACACGCGUCGACAUUUGCCGGAAAGCUCCCUGUCCGACCUCAAUGAUAUGGUGCGCGUAGGCGAUGAGCUGUACAACAAGGUGAAAGCGCCGACAGAUGGUCUUUUGGAUUCGCGGUUCUUGCUGAAUCUUUCUGAUAUGGGAGCGGAGAUGAUUCGGCAAAUGCGUGUCGAGACUGACGCAUUCGAUAUGGAUGAAUACCUUCAUACCAUUGCGCGUUAUAUUGGUGGACAUGUAUCGCAUACGCAGUCGCGUGCGCAUCGCGAUGAUGAAGAAACGCAGUUCCUCGUUGGCGACGUCGAGCAAUGGAAUUGGGAAAAGCUCGGUCGGCUGGCUGCGCGGCAUACGCAUCGCGCGCCUGUAUCGGAGCAUUUAUUGGGCCCCUUGCAGGCGAUGCCAAGGCAGCGCAAAGUCGCGCGGACCUCGCGAUUGGUGCCGGAGGGCGAGCAAGUGGCACCGCAGCAGUUGGAUCGCGAGGAUAUGACAGAAUCGGAAAACGAAACGUCGCGUCUUGUGCUGGCCAUUGCGCGGCGUCUUGAAGAGUGUUCAGGGGAGAACGGGGUGCCGCUCUUCCCCUUUGCUUUGAAUCCCCACAGCUUUUCCGACUCGGUGGAGAAUCUGUUUUAUAUAAGCUUUCUCAUUCGCGAUGGCAAAGCGGCGAUCAUCGACGAGGAGGACAGCGAUCCCAUGCUAUUACUCUCGGAGGAGCCCACCGACGAAGACCGCCAAGCGGGCCUAACACGCCGCCAGAUUGUUUUCGAGUUGGAUAUGCCGCUCUGGCGUGAUCUACUGCAGUUGUACGAUAUCCAGGAGCCUAUGAUACCCACACGCACCGUCUCCACGUCGCUGCCAUCGAGCUCGGGUUGGUAUAGUUGA